UUGAAGCCUCAAAGCCCACGACCAGUGGUUCUCCUCAGUCCACCACACGACUUUAGCAAGUCGGGAGUGUUCCGUAUUGCCGACGCAAUUCUCCAAAAACUCGAGGCUCAAGCGGUGAUUGCUCCGGGCAUGCGAUGUCCUGAUAUGACCGAGGUUUUUCGACGUUGGCCUUCUAGUCCACAAGGCGCUACAGAUGCGAAUGUUCAGGAGAGCGUAAAAGCAAGUCUUCAGCCCUGCGUCUGCUCGAGAGCUCUUUCCAGUACUACCAAGGUGACGACUACCACGACAACGCUUACUGUGGGAACAGAAAACUCCCUUUAUAGACCUUUCUAUGUGCUGGAUAGCAGCAACAUCCAAACUCCGUGUAUCUCUGAUUAUUCUUGCAAGGCGGGUUCCAUGGAUACAGUGGACGUGGGAAUUGACUGUCAAGGACGAGCAAAUGACAAGUGUUUUCCGUUAAGUGCGAUUCCACUUUCUACCUCACAGUCCUCGGGUGGUGGUGUUGGUGACUGCGGUGAUUACGACGGUGACGUUAGUUCCAUCACCAACAUUGAUCCCAAUACCGAUCGAGCUAUCACUUCAGAGCUCUCGCGUGUUCAUCUUGAUUCCACAGUGAAGGCACGUAUUCGCGCUGCCAUUUAUCGUGAGCUGAGGCGUAAUAAACUCGCGACUCUGGCACCACAGGAGCAUCAAGGUCAUCUCACCAAAACCGAGACAUGUAAUCUGGCUCAACAAAGCCCCCAGGGUAGCCUGAAGAGCGGAUGCAUAAAGUCAACGACAGAUCAUGAUGCCACCACAUUACAUCCCUCUGCUCGAGGUUUACAUUCACCUGGCAGUAUGAAAGGUGUGAAGGACCAUGAAGUACUACUUACAUGUCUCAGUGAUAGUCUUGAUCUUCCACUGCUUCGCAGCCCCUCAUUUCUCGCCUUUUCUCUAGCCUGCACACUUCACAUGUUUGGAUUUUUCAUGCCAUAUCAUGUGCUUCCGCUGUUUGUUUCGCUGGAGGGUCGAACUCUUGCCUGUAGUCAGUCGAUUCGACCUGUUGGCUCCGAUUCCAUUUUUCGAGUACCGGAGCACUUGGCCAGUGUGAAAAGCAUCAUAUGCGCUGUUGGAAUUGCUCAUCUCCUUGGAAGACUCAUUGCUACCUUCUACAUAGAGCACAUCGUGAGCGGAUCCAGUCAUAUCCAGCCGUGUGGCGACAGUAGCGAAGACGAUGAAGAGGACGGUGGACCUUUAAAACUUCUUCAACAAUUUAUACAUUCACUUUUGCAUCGACUGGCAGAUCCAAUGGUCCUGAACAUUGUAUCAUUGGUAGUGAGUGGUGCCUCCCUGCUCUGCAUUCCUUUUGCCACAUGGGGAGCAGGACCGUCUCAUCAUAAUCCCUACUCUUGCGUGCUCUUUCGUGGUAUCCUCUACGUGCUGGUCUUCCUCCACACCCUUACCAGUGCUCUUGCUCUAUCUCUCCGAAGUGUCAUUGCUGUGGAAUUAAUUGGCGUACAUCAUUUAACACCAGCAUUCGUCUAUCUACUUGUCUUUCAAGGGGCUGGAGCAAUCGCUGGUCCUCUAAUAGUGGGUUGGAUCUCAGAGGUAGCUUCAGGAAUUCAAAUUGCUCCACAACUUCUGUACGAGCCACAGUAUCUCCUGACAGGGUCAGAGAAUAAUCCGUUAAGUUGGGCUUACUACACUUGUGGGCUGGUGUUUCUGCUAUCUGCUCUUGCAUUCUCGCCGCUACGAUCGCUUUCGGCUUGGGAGACACGUCGAUAUUUGGCAAAACGGACAUCAAGCAGUCGACCCUCAGCUGUAUCCGCCUUCUCGACGUCUGGCAACUCUGCCAUCACUGCUAGUGAGUGCGCCAAUCAGCAACCAGGUGACUUAUUCCUCGCAGACGAUCUGCUGACCGCUACUGCUGGUGAUAUGCAGACCACCCCGAUAACUACGAAGCACAAGCACUCGGUAAUUCUAUUGCUGCCUUCAAGCAAAGCAGCAGCAGUUUGUAGUUUUAAUGUCUGUUGA